UUCAAUGAUUUUUCUACUGAUGGAAGAUAUAGCAUGAAAUCUCUUUCUCUGUAAUUUUCAGCAUUGAUUCUCUAUGUUCAAAUAAACUGCUUGAUGACAGGGCUCCAGUGACACAGAAGACAAGCUCAGGAAAACAUGAACCUUCACGCUCAUUACUAUCUUACGGUGUUUAUUACUGCAUGUUCCAUCAACUCCGGAGCCUAUUUCAGUGGGCUGAAGAAGAAUACUCGAGAGCAUUGCUUGACAUCUCUGGACAAUGAAGAUAAUUUCCUUUCCCGCUUCCAUCCUUUGGCAGAGAUUGAAGAUGUUCUUCUACGAAACCUUUUCAUUGGUUAUCAGAAAUGGGUGAGGCCAGUGCAAAAUCCAAACGAUACCAUCAGAGUGAAUUUUGGAUUAAAAAUAUCUCAGCUCGUAGAUGUGGAUGAAAAAAAGCAACUGAUGACUACAAAUGUGUGGCUGAGACAGGAAUGGAAAGACUUGAAGUUGCAGUGGAAUCCCAAAGAUUAUGGUGGAAUCACUUACAUUAGAGUGCCUUCAGAGACUCUGUGGCUCCCUGACAUUGUUCUCUUUGAAAAUGCAGAUGGACGUUUCGAAGGUUCACUCAUGACAAAAGCCAUAAUACGAUAUGAUGGAACAGUCAUCUGGACACCACCAGCAAGUUAUAAAAGUUCUUGCACAAUGGAUGUCACAUUUUUUCCAUUUGACCGACAAAACUGUUCUAUGAAAUUUGGUUCAUGGACAUAUGAUGGGAAUAUGGUGGACCUUAUUCUGAUUGAUACAAAUGUAGACAGGAAGGACUUCUUCGAUAAUGGAGAGUGGGACAUUUUAAAUGCCACAGGUUUAAAGGGAAUGAGGACAGAUGGGAUCUAUUCAUAUCCAUUCAUCACCUAUUCUUUUGUUUUGAGGCGUCUUCCUUUAUUUUAUACUCUUUUCCUAAUAGUUCCUUGCCUUGGUCUCUCAUUCCUGACCGUCCUUGUGUUUUACUUGCCAUCUGAUGAAGGAGAAAAACUGUCAUUGUCCACCUCAGUACUAGUUUCUCUUACGGUUUUCCUACUUGUCAUUGAAGAGAUAAUUCCUUCCUCAUCUAAGGUAAUCCCGCUGAUUGGAGAGUACCUACUUUUUAUCAUGAUAUUUGUCACCUUAUCUAUAAUUGUGACAGUCUUUGUCAUUAAUGUUCACCAUCGUUCCUCAGCAACAUACCAUCCUAUGGCUCCUUGGGUGAAAGGUCUCUUUUUGCAAAAACUUCCCAAACUGUUGUGCAUGAAAGGUCACAUUGACCGAUUCUCCUUCCUGGACUCAGAAAGCAAUGUUCCACCAGGAAAAUCAAAGCCUUCUGGCAAAAGAAAACAUAUCCAGGCAAAUGAUGGAGAAAAGGUUUUGAUUGCCUUCCUGGAAAGGGCUGCUGACUCUAUUAAGUAUAUUUCAACGCAUGUAAAAAAGGAGCAUUUUAUCAGACAAGUUGUGCAGGAUUGGAAAUUUGUAGCCCAAGUCCUCGAUCGCAUAUUUCUCUGGCUGUUCCUCACCGUGUCCAUCACAGGAUCCGUGCUGAUCUUUACUCCCGCAUUAAGGAUGUGGCUAAACAGCAGCAAUGUCUGAAUCCAUAUCAUCACACUGGGUGCACAGGAGAAAAUUGAUUGGACAUUUUAAAUUCCUCUGGACGUGAGGUUUAAAUGGUUCACACCCACAACGUUUAAUUUAUAAUAAUUAAAUUCACAUAUUUUACAGAUUCAUGAUUAUAAAAAUUUACAUUGCUAAAAAUAGAAAUUAGG